GCCGACAUAGAUUCAGCAGAGUCUGCGCAUUUGCAUUUGCAAACCCUAGCUGAAUUAGGCAUUCUCUGCUUCUCAUGAUCAGGUUGUAGAUUGGGUUUCCAAGGUAGUUGAAAAUGCAGCAAGUUACAAUGACGGUUGAUGAACGGUUGAUUGAGAAAGCUAUUAGAGAAGAAUGUCCUUGGGAGAGCCUUCCAAAGCGAGUUCAGGCAAUUCAUUCCACUAAAGAAGAGUGGCACAAUAGGAUUGUUGAUUACUGCAUAAAGAAGAGGCUCCAAUGGAAUAGAUGUUUUGCUCGCAAAGUUUGUUAUGAAAGUGAAUAUUAUGAAGAAAUGCUGCGUUACUUACAAAAGAAUCUGGCAAUAUUUCCUUAUCAUUUGGCCGAGUAUGUCUGCCGUGUAAUGAGGGUAUCGCCUUUCCAAUACUAUUGUGAUAUGAUUUUUGAAGUAAUGAGAAAUGAACAACCAUAUGACAGCAUCCCGAAUUUUAGUGCUGCAGAUGCCUUAAGACUUACAGGAAUUGGGAGGAAUGAAUUUAUGGAUAUAAUGAACAAGUGUCGAUCUAAGAAAAUCAUGUGGAAACUGAAUAAGUCAAUUGCGAGAGAUUCCUUACCUCUAGAACCUGUAGAUUUUGCAAUCGAACCGUGGUGGGGAAUUUGUCUUGUGAACUUUUCCUUGGAAGAAUUUAAGAAACUCUCAGGAGAGGAAAUGGCCACUGUAGACAAAGUCUCUAAGGAGGAAGGUAAUUCAUUUGUCCAGUUUGAUCCUGACAUAGUAAAAGCUCUUUAUAGACGGGGACUGAUCUAUUUUGAUGUUCCUGUAAGUCCUGAUGACCGGGUUAAAGGUGAGUUCUCUCAGUGUCUAAGUUUUGGUGCUUUGUUAAUAUAUUUUCUUCAUGUAAAAUUUCUACAGGCGUAUGUUUUAGGAUUCUUAUUUAAAAUCUCCAGGCUUGAAGGUUUUGUUUCCAACCGAGAGCAGUCUUAUGAAGAUCCUAUUGAAGAGUUAUUGUAUGCAGUUUUUGUUGUUUCAAGUGAAAAUGUAACAGUUGCUGAACUGGCAACAACACUACAGGCUGAUUUGUUGCAACUACAGGCUGCUGCAUCAUUUGUAUGUCGAUUAGGCUGGGCAACCAAAGUACUUGACCCGGCAUCUAUUCUUCAAGACAUAAGUAUAACUGGUUCUCCUAGAAGUUCUAUUGAUGGCGAAGAUGCUUCUCGUAUUGGUUUGAUUGCUGAGAGUAUGCUCAUUGGCAAUGAUUCCAAUCAACAGGAGGAUGCUUCUUGGACAGGGAACUAUGGUCAUAGUUCUGCUUCUGCAGUUACUCGUGUUGCUCUAAUUGUUGAUGCUAAUAUAACAUCCUAUCUUAUGAUGGGUUCUGUUUCGCCAGGUUUGAAAUCUCAUGCUGUUACACUAUAUGAAGCGGGGAAACUAGGUCAUGCCAGCAUUUCUGAUCUUUGCAAGGAUCUUAGUACCUUGGAGGGUGCAAAAUUUGAGGGAGUACUACAGGAAUUUGCAAAUCAUGCAUUCAGCCUGCGCUGUGUAUUAGAAUGCCUGCUAUCAAGUGGAAUUGCUAAUGCUACUAAUGCUAAAGUGGAGGAAGGUUUUUAUAAGAUGGGUAUUAUUACAUCAAGCAAUGAUGAUCCAAGUUAUCGGAGAACUGAAAUCCCUUUGACUGGCACAGCGGGUGACUCUGGCAUUUCAGAAAGUGGAAAGAAUAAUGAUAAUUUAUUAAACUUACAUUCAGAAAAGUAUGAGGAGGCUUCUGUUACCUCAGAUCUUGUUCCAGGUUACACGGGUGAUGUAUCUCAUCCUAUUAUCUUGCAAGGUGACCGUGGGCAGACACCAGAAUUCUGUAAAUCAGAGACAAAUCUCCUGAAUGAUGAGAAAUUGAUAGCAGUUGAAGGUUCAGAUGUUGAAUCAGAAAUGUUAAGCAAUAAAAAGAAAUAUCGUGUAGAUAUUCUUCGCUCUGAAAGCUUGGCUGCUCUUCCACCAGCAGCUCUUGAGCGUUUGUUUCUUCGUGAUUAUGAUUUAGUUGUGUCCAUAGUGCCUCUUCCUCAAUCAUCGGUUCUUCCUGGACCUUCAGGUCCAGCUCAUUUUGGUCCCCCCUCAUAUUGUUCGAUGACACCUUGGAUGAAACUUAUUCUAUAUUCGACUGUGGCUAGUGGGCCUCUGUCAGUUGUUCUGAUGAAAGGCCAGUGCCUGCGUUUACUUCCUGCUCCAUUGGCUGGUUGUGAGAAAGCUCUGAUAUGGUCUUGGGAUGGUUCCACUGUAGGAGGCUUGGGAGGGAAGCUUGAAGGAAAUCUUGUUAAAGGAAAUACUCUCUUGCAUUGUCUAAAUUCACUUCUUAAACAUUCGGCUGUUCUGGUGCAGCCUAUCAGUAGGUAUGAUCUUGACAAAUCUGGCAAAGUGAUUACGGUAGAUAUUCCUUUGCCUCUAAAGAACUCUGAUGGUUCAAUUGCCCCUGUAGGAAAAGAGUUACGACUGCGCAAAGAGGAAAUAUUGAAGUUGAAUUCUCUCUUGACAGACUUGGCAAACAGAAUGGAACUAUGGACAGUUGGUUUUAUUCGCCUAUUAAAAUUGUUUAAGGGAAGAGAAUCAGACCAGUGUUCAUGCGAUGAAGAUAAAUUUGAAUGGGUUCCUUUGAGUGUUGAAUUUGGGAUGCCACUUUUCAGUCCGAAGCUUUGCAGUAGUAUAUGUAAAAGGGUGGUUUCGUCAGGUUUGCUUCAAACUGGCUCAUUUGGGGAACACCAUGAUUCAAUGCAAAGCAUAAGGAAAAGGCUGCAUGACAUCUGUGCAGAGUACCAACCAACAGGGCCUGCUGCAAAUAUUCUUUACCAGAAAAGGCACGUUGUGGAUGCUUCUCCGCAGCUUAUGAACUAUGCUAGUGGUAGAUUGAACCCGUCUGUGGACCCUCUUCCAAUUUCAGGGGCAUUGAGUGGGCAUCAGGGAUUAAAGCUUGCUAAUCAACAAUGCUGCCUAACUGAAGUAUUAAGCUUUGAUGGCCGCGUUCCAAGAUCAAACGCCUUUACUCCUGUUUAUGAGGCUGCCACAAGACCCGUGGAAGAAAUUCCUCAAGCUGAUAUGUUGGAAACUGAAUCAGACCCAGAUGAAAAUGACAGCAAAGAAGUGCUCCUUCCGGGUGUCAACCUCAUUUUUAAUGGUUCUGAGUUGCAUCCAUUUGAUGUAGGUUCUUGCCUCCAGGCUCGCCAACCAGUUACAUUAAUAGCAGAGGCAGCUGCCGCCUGUGCAUCAAUGGCCGUGGUCAAAAAGAUCUGCUAAUAUAUAUUAAUCCAACGCAAUACCUAUAAAUUGCAACCUGAGCAACUUUACUGGACUAUGCUUUUUCUAUCAUAUGCUUUGUGUCUUUGAAUUUUUGAAGUUGGGCCAAUGUCUCAUGUGACAUAGUGACAUGAAAGCUUCUCUACAAGUGGGAGAACGCAAGUUCAACCCCACUAUUUAUCUGAAGCUAUUUGUUUGCCUUGUAAUAUUUAAAAAGAAGAAGAAGAAGAAGAAUCUUUCAAGGU